AGCCAAAAGCAUCCAAAUUUGGUAAAAAUUCGAAUCGGAACCAACUAUAAACACUGAAGCAUUGUUCUCGUGUCCUUCAACGUCAUGUUGUGGUCCGAUCGAUCCAUAGACAAGAGAAUGUCGUGCAAAAUAUGAAACAGAUGGUGAUCGCAUGCCUUAAGCACCGGCACUGAGGUCAAUGCAGUUCUCGCCAAAUAUAAAAGCCAGUGACACGUAACCACCACCCAUGCUAAUAUCAUGAAUGAAUGAGGCAACAGCACAACUCGUGACGUAAAUACUUCGGAAUGGCGCCGUCUCGUCAUGUCACCUGCGCUAUAUGGUGAUAUCAACGAUGGACUAAAAUGGAAUCCCUAUGAGGAAACGAGGGUAUAUGAAAGUGAAAAUGAAAAAUGCUGUCAAGGAGAUUUCUACGAUACCUCCAACGUCUUCCCACGAGUCUACAGUUAUUUGCUGUGGAGAAUUCCUUCUUACUAAGAAUAUUAGAAAAAUAGAUCUACGAAAAUGGAACGAAACGAAUACAAAGAGGUGAAAAUUAUGCGGUCUGGUUCACCCAUUCGAAAUACGUACAGCUCUAAUCAGAAUUUAGCUCAGUUCGAUAGUAACCUAGAUUAUUUGCUAGAAGAUCUCCAGAACUCAGUAUCCCGCCCUGGCAGCUCACUUGGCCAUCAUACGAAUUCUUUAAACAGACUAACAAAAUCUGCGAACCCCCUUACGGAAUACUCGUCAGACGAUGCGUACACAUACAAGAGUCCUGAUGGCAGGGAAAAGGUCCAUAGUUACAAGAAAGAAAAAUACAUCUAUGGUAAAACGACGAGCGACAGUGGAUAUUCAGAUGCAAGCAGGACACAAAACAGCAUCAACCAGCUAGAUACCCUGUUGAACGAUCUGCAACAAGUGAAAAAGUCUGAGUUUUCAGAGACUUUCAACGCCCAUUCGCUGGAACCAAGACAAACUUCAAGAACUUUAGAACGCAUGGAGCACCACGAACGUAAGGAACACAGAGAGGACUCCCUCAAUCGAAGAAACUACGAGUAUAGAGAAGAAAGCGCCAUGCACCGUCCAGUCUCGCCAGGUGCUCUUUCCAAUGCAUCUCGCACUUCCACGCUAUCGAAGAAAACUGAAGUAAAGAAUAUUCACUCGUAUCCGCUGGAAGUACGAGAAACGGUGGUACCAGACAUCGAACCGGAAGUCCUGGCACACCUGGACCCUAAACUGAGACCUCCCGGAAACACCAAGGUGACCACCACCAUCAAGACAUAUACCUACGAAAUACCUGGAUCUGGAGACUAUCCCACCAACCUAAGCACUCAAACGCAGGAAGAUACCUCCCACGUCUACUCGCCGAACACGUCGAUAACAACACCCAGCAAGAGUUUUGUUUACAACAAGGUGGAAAACAAGGAAAAUACCACCACCUACAGGUCGCCAACACCAACUUAUAAACUGAGGAAAGACGAAUAUUAUGAAGAGAAAACUGUCACUGAUAACUACAGACCAUAUGAAAAGCCUGCACCUCCAGGAGGUGUCGUGGUGAAGGAAACAAUUACCACCACGAACUAUCAGCCAGGAUAUAGUCCGGAACUGAAUCCACCAACUAGAGGACAAACAUACAUGUACAAUGAAACAACAACCACGAAGAAUGUUGAAAACGGAUAUCCACCAGCUUCUACGCCAAGGAAGGACGUGUAUAUGUUGAAGGAAAGUUCCACCUCUACUAAAAACGAGCAUUAUGCUCCACCUCCCACUACUAACAGAGAAACUUACAUCCUGAAGGAGUCUCACAAUACUAGCACUGUAAAUAGGAACGAACCAUCGAACUUACCGUACUCAGAACGUGGAUACCCUGUAUAUAAUCCACCGGAAGGCAGAGGCACCCCAGGAAGCACCACUUACAUAAUGAAGGAAACGCAUGACACUACUAAUAGGGUGGUUCAACCGCCCCCACAAGAAAAAACCGUAAUGUACAAACAUGAAUCACAUACGACUAAUCACACUUAUGGUCCUGGGGAUAAACGUCCUAAGAGUCCUGAAGAGCAGUUUGAUAUUAACAGAUAUGGUAAGAUGGCGUGCCAGCUUGUGCCUUUGUUUAUCUGCGACGCUGUUCGAGGCUUAAAGAUAUCGGAGUUAGCACAUUGGACACGAAAAUCGUAAAAGCACAGUCAAAUGUCGCUCCUGAAUGUUUUCCAAUCUUUUAGAAAUACCCCAUACACACAUUUUAAUUAUUGUUGCUGUUUGCUGUGGUCUACUGAAACGUGUACACAAACGGUUCAAUAUGGUUGUCAUUCCUUCUCUCAGGUCGACCAAAUGAGCCAAUCAACAUCAACUAUUCGUACAAAUCUACGGAAAGCUCCAAGAACGUUUGGAAGGGCGAAGAUUCACAACCCCUUUUGCAACCUCACAGGUUCCCUACUGAUGAGCGUGUGGAUGGACCUCCAAAGAAGCUUGAUGAACUUAUGGCUACCAUCGGAAACGAGCCGCCGACCAGUCCGUUGAAUGUAGGUUUCGUAGCGCACGAAAAGGAAGUGGUGCAUCAAAAGAAAAUCGAUACUUUGAAGCGACAAGCAGAAGAAGCGAACGACAUGCAGAAAAAGGAAGUGCUACCAAGUAAAAACGUUUCUGGGCCACCUGUCUACUAUCCACCUGGACAUGAGAUGUUUGCUAAGAAGGAAGAGAGUUCUGCUGGAUGGAGAGCUCAGGGAGAGUACGGAAAGGCAUCAGGCAAAUACGAAUAUGGAAGCGAAAGCAAUAGCAAGACGAAAACGAAACAAGGAGCUGCUGUAAUUCCUGUGUGUCUACCUCUAUGCUGCGGUCUACCUUGUACAUUGCUCUAACUUUUUGCCCCUAUCUCUACCUGUAUAUUUGUUAACAUAUUUAUGAAUAGCUGUUGUAAAUCGACAUACUCAUAUACGGAAACGAUUGUAGAAUAAACCGGUUGUUCAAUAUCAAUGCUGCUGUCUGUAUAAGUUUUUAUAUCUUUUGAAGAAGACAACUAAUCUAUUUAAGUUUGUUGUACCAUAUGAAGUAACAUUCUCUAUGAUCAAUUUUACGAGCGAAUUGUCCACUUAUUCUUACUUUUGUUUAUGUCAAUAUACUUAUUUCUAUAAUAAUGAGAAUUAAUUUAUAUGUUCACAAAUAGGCCUACAACAAAAUUUUACGUAUUUCGUUGUAAAGAAAUUAAGAUAAAGUGAAUAUUUGUGCCACACAUAUGUUAAGCUCCGGUAACAGUAGUAUGUAUAUUAUUUUAUCUUAUUAUAUUACUUAUCAUUGCCGCAAAGUUAUUUGGUGCAUCCGCAAAAAAUAACAAAAUAUAAAAUAAUAUGUUGUGUUUAAUGUUUUUAAUCAUCUUACAAUUGAAAUAAUCUCUGGGUGCUGACUUCUUUGAAAAUAUUAAACUGAAUGUGUAAAAAAUAUAUUUUUUAUAUCCAAAACUAAGUGGAAUCAGUAUAACUUACAAUUUUAGAAAUAACAGUACAAGAAAUAUCUCUUGACACGUUGGAAAAGUUGCGUGAAAUGUAUCGUUGUAGAUUUUGUUUUUGGUAUACACAGCUUUAAAUACUUUGUUUUUAGGGGUACCUAUACCUAUACAGAAUGAUCCAGAAAUAAUUAAGUAAUGGAUAUUUGUCACCAUGCGGUUAUAACAAUGUUCUGAAUCACUGUGUAUAAAAGCAGGUACAUAUAUUUAAUGCACAUGAGUUUUAGUGAUCCAUGCAUGAGAUUUUCUUGCCUGUAUAAAUUAAUUUAUUACUUAAAACUAUAAAUAUAUUCUUGAUAAAAU